CGUUAUGCUCUCCGCCGGCCCAGCAGCUACCGACUGGGCUAUUAUUUCUCCCCGCGUGGUACCGACUAGGCUACAUCCGCCGCCGCCGCCGCCGCCGCCAGAUGCGCAGGUCUUCGUCGUCCCCUUCUCCGGCAACUAGCUCCUAACAGGCUGAAAAAAAUCAUUGAUACGCAUAAGCCGUCAGGAGUGCAGUAUUAUCUGUAAAAAUGGCCUGGGGUCAAGGUGCUAAGAGGUCCAUACUAGGGCUUCUCUUUCGUGCUCAGCAGCAAACUGCUCGGCCAUACUCUUCUUCAGCAUUCCAGACUCAUCAAUUGAGCACUCAUGUUCCCCAAGAUGGCGUGUUUCUUAGGAGAUUCAGCUCUGAGGUGUCUUCUUCAGAGCAAAUGAACCUUAUAAAGCAACUCAGACAAAGGACGAGUGCUCCAAUCAAAGAUGUCAAGGCCUCCCUAGUUGCCUGCAACUGGGAUAUUGAUGCUGCGCAGAAGGACCUAAGGAAGAGAGGUGUUGCUCUUGCUGCAAAAAAGUCUUCACGCACUGCUGCUGAAGGUUUGCUAGCUAUCGCACAAGAUGACAAAAGGGCUGCUGUAGUUGAGCUUAACUGUGAAACUGAUUUCGUGGCAAGAAAUGAUGUUUUCCAGUACCUGGCUUCAUCAUUGGCAAAGAUGGCUUUAUCUGCUCAGGGUCCCGGUGAAUUGUUCAUGCCUUUUGGUCCUGAACUUUUAGAGAACAUGUCUAUCAAUCUUGAUCAUCCGAACCUCAGCGGGGAAACAACUGUCCAAAAUGCUGUUACAGAAGUUGCUGCCAUGGUUGGGGAGAAUGUGAAACUCAGAAGAGGCUUCAUGCUGUCCACAACUGCACAUGGUGUUGUUUCAUCUUAUAUGCAUACCUGUCCCCAGCCAGGUAUGGGUCGGAUUGCUGGAUUGGUCACACUAGAAGCAGAAGAUAGCAUUACUCUCCUUGAUGCUGUCAAAAGUGUUGGGUCAUCUAUUGCGAUGCAGAUUGUUGCAACAAAGCCAUUAUUCUUAUCAAAAGAACUGGUUUCUGCUUCCGCUCUAGAAAAUGAGCGUGAAAUACUUCGAACACAGGCCGAAAGUUCAGGGAAAUCCCAAAUGGCUAUGGAUAAAAUGGUGGAAGGCCGAUUGAGGAAGUACUUUGAAGAAGUUGUGCUCAUGGAGCAAAAAUAUGUUUUAAAUGACAACACAAACGUGAAGACCGUGCUGAAUGACUUGUCGAAAGAGGUUGGUUCUAAAGUAACAAUCGGUAACUUCAUCAGAAUGGAGGUUGGAGAAGGGAUUGAGAGAACUGAAGCCGCUGAUGGUUCAGAGGUUGCUGCUGGGGCUAUGUAGAUUUCAGGCAGAGAUGGAUCAAACGGGAUCAUUAGGAUCUACUCUUCUUUAAAGUUAGAGGCCAUAGUUUUUUUCCAAUAAAAAUUUUGGGCUCCCAUCUUUGCUCCAUUGGAUUGUUACAGGUGUAUAAGCUAGGACGGAACUAAUGUUUAGGCAAGCAAGGUAGUUAGCGUUCUGGGACCUGCGAGGCUGCCUAGUUGGUUUGUCGAUUCCUAGCUUGUUUGUUUACACAUUUGGUUCAACCCUCACUGAUUGAAUUACAGUUUGUUUGGACGGGUAAAAUAUCGAAAUAGAGUGGGAAUUACCCCUUGAACUA